AUGCUCCUCUAUUGUGGCUGUUCCUUUCCCUCCCAGGUGGCCACGCUUUGGUCCAUCCACCACACCAACCUGCAGCGACUGCUGGGUUACUGCUGGGAGAAGCCUGGCAUUGCUGAUAGCACCAAGAUUACUGGUGCUGAGAGGGCUAUUGCCUAUUCUGCUGCUGCUGCCGCUUCCGUUCAUGCGGUGGAGCAAGCAGAGGAGCAGGUGCUAGUGUUUGAGUGGGUGCCAGGAGGCAAUCUGCACAGCCGCCUCGUUGCAGCCAUCAGCUGCGUCUCUCCCUUGACCCCUUGGUCCCUUUCCUUCACACCGCUUCUUGCCCCUCAUGUCCCACACCACACCAUCCCCAUUCCUUCUCCUCAGGCUGUCCUGGCUGGUUGCAUGGCCGUGAAAAUGGGCGAUCCACUUCCAUCCAUCCCGGCAACAGCACCACCAGCAUCACCAUCAGCAUCAGCAGCGGCAUCAGUCUCACCAGCAGUACGGCUACCUGCCAACCAUGCAUACAUGGAGCCAACCCUGCAUGCCUCUGCUCGCACCACGCCCACCACGGACGUUUUCAGCAUUGGGAUUUUCUUCUCGUUGUCUCUGCAAAGCACACCGCACACCGCCAAUGGGCUCCCUCUCUCUAAAUGCCAACGCACCAUGCACCUACAUGCCUCACUGUCUGCUUUCCCUUCCAUCUCCUCCCUUCCAUUUCUCCUAUUCCUGCCGAACACGUCUAUAAAACCCAUCCCUGUGCAGGCACAUCACCUAAUAUCUCGCAACAUCACAGCCAACCUGCGCGCCGCCCACCUGCCCCACGCACCCGACGCCAUCGUGCUGCCCAUGGUCCGCCUCGCCCUCUCCUGCACCGCUUCCGACCCCCUCUCCCGCCCCACUGUCACCGACCUGCUCCGCUCCAUCAAGGCUCUCAAGCGCUCCCUCUCCGCCCACCCGCGCCCACCUCUGCCCGGCAACGAAGGGGCGAGCGAGAAUGGUGACACCCCCGGUGCUGCAGGCGGUGGGGGGCCUGGAGAGCAACAGGGUGGGGAGGCUGCAGAUGGGCUUUCUGGGGGUUUCAGUCAGAAUGCGCUAGAUGCAAAGCUCGAUUGGCUCAUGGGAGAAGAGGAUAGUGGUAGGUUCGUGACAGAUGUGUAG